AGCGAAACUUCAGUUAGAUGUGAUUGAUGUAUUGUUCUGGACAGAUCAUGGUGCAUCCAGACGAUUGGGAUCUCCAAUGCAUUCUCUGGCGAAACUCAGAAAAUGAGAUAGCGACGUACCACCUCACCACCGUCACCUAUGGAACCAAGGCUGCUCCUUUCUUGGCCAUUCUAGUCCUCCUCCAACUCAUCGAAGAUGAAGGUCACAAGUAUCCACUCGCCAUUCCACCACUCAUCAAAGGUCGCUAUGUUGAUGAUAUAUAUGGUGGUGCAGACACGAAAGAAGAACUCUCAGAAAUCGCUAUCGACUUGAAAAAUCUCUGCAUGGCGGGCGGCCUCCCCUUAGCAAAGUGGCAAUCGAACUCUCCUAGUACGCUCAAGAUGGUAACCGAGGAAGGAAUGAUACACCAUCGCCGAUCUCAUUUGACGACUGUCCUACCUCAACGAAACUUCUAGGCCUACUCUGGUAUCCUCAAGAGGAUUACUUCUCAUUCAAGAUCAACUCAAGCUCAUCUGGGUCUGUGGUAACUAAACGUACUAUGUUAUCUCAUAUCGCUCAACUCUUUGAUCCACUUGGUUUAGUAUCCCCUGUCACGAUCAGGGCCAAAAUGUUGUUGCAGGAACUUUGGCUCCAGAAACUGUCAUGGGACGA